AGGAAUCAUCCACUCGUGACUUGCGAGGCGGAUUCUCAUUCAAUAUUAUUUUUCAAAAACUCUCCUCUUCCGUCCAGCCAAGUUUCAAUUCCAGCCAAACUCAAUCCUCUCAGGCCUUCAAAAUUGAAACUUUAUUUAUUUUUUUCUUUCUAAAUUUGUAUAUUCUUAUUCCUAAAAGGAAUUUUGUUUCUUUCUUCAACUCAUAUUCCCCGAAUUUUUCUCACCAAAAAAAAGAAAUUCUAUAUCAAGAUGAUGAGCCAGAGGGACUGGUGAAGAAGAGAAGAGCCGAGUCAGACCGCGGGUUAGUGGGUUUCUGACGUUGUAGGAUCAGAUUGCAGUGAUGAUGAGGCCGUCUUCUUCUUCUUCCUCCUCUUCUGUUGGGAUUGUUUUUGCUGUUUUGGGUUUGGCGUUGAAUGCCGCAGUGUUAUGUAAUGGAGGAAUCACUAGUAGUUUUGUGAGGAAGGCGGAGAAAAGCGUUGAUAUGCCUCUUGACAGCGAUGUCUUUGCUGAGCCUCCCGGCUAUAAUGCCCCUCAACAGGUUCAUAUAACACAAGGAGACCAUUCGGGGAAGGCAGUGAUUGUGUCAUGGGUCACCAUGGCUGAACCAGGUUCAAAUACAGUGCUCUACUGGAGUGAAAAAUCCAAGGUCAAAAUGCAAGCAGAGGCAUCCGUAGUAACCUAUAAAUAUUACAAUUACGCUUCUGGUUACAUUCAUCACUGCACCAUCCGGAAUUUGGAGUUCGACACUAAAUAUUACUAUGAGGUUGGAUCUGGACACGUUAGGAGGAAAUUUUGGUUUGUGACUCCCCCUGAAGUUGGCCCGGAUGUUCCAUAUACUUUUGGUCUUAUAGGUGAUCUUGGUCAGACUUAUGAUUCAAAUAUGACGCUUACCCAUUAUGAAUUAAACCCAGCAAAAGGAAAAACAGUGCUGUAUGUUGGGGACCUCUCUUACGCUGACAACUACCCAAACCACGAUAAUGUUAGGUGGGAUACAUGGGGAAGGUUUGUUGAAAGAAGCGCUGCUUAUCAACCUUGGAUAUGGACGACAGGAAACCACGAGAUUGAUUUUGCCCCUGAGAUUGGUGAAUUUGAACCCUUUAAGCCUUUUACUCACCGGUAUCCAGUCCCUUUCAGAGCAUCAGAUAGCACCUCUCCCUCUUGGUACUCCGUUAAGAGGGCUUCAGCAUAUAUCAUUGUAUUGGCUUCUUACUCAGCAUACGGGAAGUACACUCCUCAAUAUGAAUGGCUCCAACAGGAGCUACCCAAAGUUAACAGGACAGAGACACCAUGGUUGAUUGUUCUUGUGCAUUCCCCAUGGUAUAACAGUUACAACUAUCAUUAUAUGGAAGGGGAAACCAUGAGAGUCAUGUUUGAGUCAUGGUUUGUAGAGUACAAAGUUGAUGUUGUGUUUGCUGGUCAUGUUCACGCAUACGAAAGAUCUGAACGUGUAUCCAACAUUGCAUACAAUAUCAUCAAUGGCAUGUGCACUCCUGUAAAGGACCAGUCUGCACCCGUAUACAUAACCAUUGGUGAUGGAGGAAACAUCGAAGGCUUGGCAAACAACAUGACAGAGCCACAGCCAAACUACUCUGCAUACCGAGAAGCCAGUUUUGGACACGCUAGUUUUGAUAUCAAGAACCGAACCCAUGCUUAUUACAGUUGGCACCGGAAUGAAGAUGGAUAUGCUGUGGAAGCUGAUUCUAUGUGGUUUUUCAACAGAUACUGGCACCCGGUUGAUGAAUCCUCAAGCUCAUGAGCCUUUUUUAUUUAUUUAUUUUUCUUCCUUUUUUGUCAUCUGAAUGGAAUAAACAGGUGUGAGUCCGUACUCUGUAGUACAUUAUUCCCUCUUAAUCCUUCCAUAAUCUGCAUUUUCCCGUUA